UGUCUUUAAAUCGAUCGCUGCCGAACGUUGGUGACAGACGAGCUGGUACUUUGUGAGGAAUAGACGAAUGUUCAUUUAACUUCGAAAUUAGUUUUACCUUUAACUACACCAAGUACACAGGUGAAGUAGUGGCUAUUUAAGUUUUAUUUACAGUGUUACCUUUACAUCGGGAUGUUUUUACUUAGAAAGGUAAAACGGUUCAUCAGCUCUUCCACGUUGGUGUGUAUCGCUGUCCUUGGAAUUUGUUGGACAUCCUAUUCAUUGACAUUUACUCAGGGCAACGCAACAAGAUAUCAGCUGAGAGGAAAUGGAUCGCAGACACGUUUACCUGCCAUUCAACAGAGUAACAAACUAGCAGUGCCUCCCACUACAAACAGAAACGGUACAAUGGAGAACAGGAGAUCAGCCGUACUGACGAUGUGUCGUCAAAAUAUCACUUACAAACGUCCAUACCGAGACCACAUGAUUCUAAAUAAAAACAAACAUUUCAUCUUUUGUAAGGCAACAAAAACAGGAUCAACAUUUUGGGGAAGGCUUUUACUUCAAGUGGACAGACAUGUGAUAGGUAGUCCUUACAAAAUAAAACCACAAAUUGGUCCGGUAAAUAUCGUCCCUACAAUUCGAGAAUGGAGAAAUUUUGAAGCGGUUCUAAAAAGUUCCACAAAGUUUAUUGUAGCUCGUAAUCCUUUAGAGCGCUUAUAUUCCGCGUAUGUUGACAAAGUGUAUUCACCGAACCCGUACUACUGGGAUUCUUUAGGUAAAUACGUCGUUAGAAACUUUAGGAGACCUUCCGAGUCCACGUGUGGACACGAUGUAACAUUUACGGAGUUCCUUAAGUACGCAGUUAAUGCAGAGACUACAGGUCGUCACCGAGACGUGCACGUGGCAUCUUUGUGGGAGACAUGCUCCCCAUGUCAUGUUAAUUAUGAUAUAAUAGGAAAGAUGGAAACAUUUAAGGACGAUACAACUUACAUUCUGGAGAAACUAAACCUGGGGAUGUACAUAGACGUAUUACGUAAUGUCUCCGCUGAUGCUGUAAAUGAUGCGUUAUAUGAUACAGCUCAGGCGUUCGUAGACAUGCGCACUGAAGCUUUAAAAUGUAUCUCAGAACACCAAAUCGUGGAUAGGAUAUGGACAAAGCUAAAAGCAAGGGGUUACGUGGCCGCCGAUAUGCCACUGCCAAUGAAUUUAUAUAACAAAAGUGAGGAAACGGUAUUUAAAAUAUUCAAAGACGUCUAUUCUGAAUCUAUAAUCAAAUUAGGACGUCAUGGAUUAAAACAACAGCAGAAAGCAAUUUAUCUUGAAACUUUAAGAAAAAUACCUACAGAAACACUCACACAAAUAGGAAAUGCGUACUAUAGAGAUUUUCGAAUGUUUGGAUAUGAUCACAAAGUGGAUGAAAAACUGCACAAUUCUAAAAAUUCUGAAUUUGCUGUCAGUGAUAGUUUCUUUUGAUUCAAAGACUAAGAACUAUAUUAGAUCAUACGAAUAAGGAAAAGUAUGUAAACAUAUGUUUGACAGGGUUUCUGAUACCAGUGACGUCAUCUGGUACAGACCUUUGACAGGGUUUCUGUUACCCGUGCCUACAUCUGGUACAGACCUUUGACAGGGUUUAUGUUACCCGUGACCUCAUCUGGUACAGACCUUUGACAGGGUUUAUGUUACCCGUGACCUCAUCUGGUACAGACCUUUGACAGAGUUUAUGUUACCAGUGCCUUCAUCUGGUACAGACCUUUGACAGGGUUUAUGUUACCAGUGACUUCAUCUGGUACAGACCUUUGACAGGGUUUAUGUUACCCGUGCCUUCAUCUGGUACAGACCUUUGACAGGGUUUCUGUUACCCGUGCCUUCGUCUGGUACAGACCUUUGACAGGGUUUCUGUUACCCGUGCCUUCAUCUGGUACAGAUCUUUGACAGGGUUUCUGUUACCCGUGCCUUCAUCUGGUACAGAUCUUUGACAGGGUUUCUGUUACCCGUGCCUUCAUCUGGUACAAUACAAACACUACAGUAUUAGAGUAGGUCUAUGCAAAUACACCGAAUGAACCGCGGCAAAUACUUCACAGACACGUCUACUAUUAACUAGAGGAUGUAUGGUUGUUUUCAUUACUGAAACGCCAUACUUCUAGUGAUGAUAUAAAAGAUUUCACUCGACAAACAUAAUAAUGUGUUGUAAAUGGGGAAUUGUGUAUACUUAAUUUCAAACAGAAGAGGUAUAUGUAUUUAGGAUAGUCAAUAGAAGUAUCACAACCUGUACGGGGUAAAUAUGUUUGGUCAUUGGUGACCUAGUUUGGUAACGUUCCAUUAAUCUUGUGGAUGUGGUAAUAUAGAAAGAUGAAAUAAUCUAGCAUUAAUUAUCUAUAUAUAUUCAUUAGCUAUAUGACAGAUUUUAUUCAUAAUUCGGAUGCAUAACAAAAACUGUGCUAAAGCAGGUGGUCGCUUUUUAUAACCAUUUCCCUAAAUAAACUAUAGUAAAGUGUACCCCCUCCCCAAGCGUGUAACUCCAGGGUCAUGAAAUUCAUAAUUGUGGUAAAGCACCUUAACCUUUAGUACGGAAGAGUAUUAGGGCCAUGAAGCAAAAAAAUUAAAUUCAUUUUUUCAUGUUAAUAACUCGAAAUUUCGACUUAUUAACUCGAAAUUUCAAGAUAAUAACUCGACAUUUCGAGUCACUAAGUCGAAAUUUUGAGUUAUUCAGUCGAAAUUUCGAGCUAGUAAGUAGAAAUUUCGAGUUAGUAAGUCGAAAUUUCGAGUUAUUAUCUCGAAAUUUCGAGUUAUUAACAUGAAAAAAUGAAUUUAAUUUUUUGCUUCAUGGCCCUAAUG